GAAACCAACAUAUGAAUAUAUUGUCACAUUAUAUACACGGAACUAUGUUUCUACGGCGCAUUACGAUUUCUGUGAUCAACUCAUCGGUAUAUGAGAAACCAGCUGAAAUCAUGUGUUCAUUCUACAACUCAAACGAAAGUUCAAGAUUUUAAUGUUUACAGCUCCGACAAAAUAAUGGAUCUGAGAAGAAAAUCGACAGAAGACGAAGUCAAAUCUUUUAACAAAGUUGAAUGUGAGACAGUUGAAGAGAAAACACACGGUUACCAGUCAAAGCCACCUAAUCUCAAUCAUCGAUUCCGUGUUGGGACGGACAAUAUGUGUAAACAGGAUAUGAUGGGUUCUCGUGGAUAUUUUAGUGUGUGUGAUGAUGAAAAUAUGUUUGUAUCUCCCGUCGCUUUUUAUUUGAUUCCUCACGCGGCAGAAUGGAAGGCUGACGACUGAAUAAGUUAUAGAAAGCCUACUGCUAUGCAGACAUAUGGUCGGAAAUGGCGGGGAAACAGCACCGCUUGUGCGCCGGGGCACGUCUCAUGGUCAAACGCGAAACCUUUCUUAAGGUUGGACAGUACAGGCGAGGUUUCAUCAGUCGACCACACUUCUGGAGAUAAAACGCAGUUAGCGUCUACACCGAGAAGCGAUAGCAGUUUCAAGAUGAAGAACUGGGUCACCAACAGUAGAUUUUUUCAUGUCAACAAUUUGACAAGCGCCAACAAUCUGACAAAUUCGAAGAACAGUAGUAAUUUAGAGUGUACUCAAAACAUGUUUGAAUGUUUGACAGGGGAUUUUUUAUCAGAUAGAGUUGUCAGCAAAAUGAAUCCAAAAACACCUCAUCAGAAGUUCCAGAAACCACAAUGUGGUAUUUCUGGUUGGAACUACAAUGGACAGGGAUUCAGAAGCGUUGGUACGAAAGCCUUUGGUGUAUUUCCAUGUCAUCAGUUCAGUAACUCAUUCAAUGCUGGAUAUUAUCCAUUCCAUAGUCAAGGGAAUAUGGGUAUGUUUAACAUGUGUCAGUUUGACAAUGGGGUUUUGUCUCAUGUUGAUGCAUUUGAAGAUCGGUUUUGGCAUCAGAGACAGCGAAAGCAGGACAGGUGUCACAGAGGACAUUCCCCAAAACAUCAAAAACGUGAACAUUCAAAGACUGACAGUAAGACUAGUCUUGCCGGAGAUGUGACCUCAACAGAUGAUAUGAAGCUCGGAAAAACUCAGUCAGAGGAUACAUCCAAACAUUCCAAUGAUGCCAUGAUGAAACAUCCACAGGAACCAAGUGUUUCUAAAUCAAAAAAGGCAGAUAGCCGAAACAUGGAUAUUAUUGAGCAAUUCCAGAUUCAGGUACAACCUGAAGAUUGUGUAUCGUCUAUAUUAGAUGAACCUAAAACAGAAGACAAUAAUACUGGUGUAAAGACAGACAUGAGGGAAUAUUCUGUGGCAGACGCCAGUCUCGUAAGAGAACAAUUGGUUGAUACAGGUGAAUGUGUCACCACUGAAUUGAGUCAGCCACUGGUUAGACCAGACAUUAACAAGACUGAGGAAACUCUGCCUCCAAAGGAGGAUGUUAUGAAUUCCCUGCCUCCAGAGGAUGUUAGGACUUCUCUGCCUCCAAAGGAGGAUGUUAUCAAUUCCAACAAUGAGAAAUGCCCUGAGAUUGCUGCAAAAGACUCACAUAUUGAUGUCCUAUUAAUUCGAAGGAAUCGAAAAAAGGGUCGUGCUUCGUCUAGAAGACAGCGUAAGAGAAAGAUUGCAAAAGCUAAGUCUGCUAGCUCUAGUAAUGGACCUGAUGCUUUAUCUUGCAGUGAAGGUGACGUGGAUGGUCAUGAAGAUGAUCUCCCCCAUAAAGUGAGAGAAGACAGUGAGGAUAAACAAUCCAAACGAUGUGCAUCUGUGUCUUUUGUGCUCGGUCUAACACCAAGUCCAUCGUCACCCAAAGUGCCAAAUGGCUCAAGCUCUGAGUUUACUUUUUGUUUUACUGGUAGUGACAGUGAUAAUGAUGGGGACUGGGAUGAAGAUGAUGAGGACGACAUUGAUUUUGGUCAUAUUCAAGGAACAUUUUCACAAUGUGAUCUUUUUAAUUUUCUACCCAAGAGCAACAAAACAGAACCAUCACCCAUCAAUUUUCAGGUCCACAUUUCACCUGUUCACAGUAGCUGCGAUGGAGACAAGACUCUUGAGGAUAUCAAUGAUUCAUGGAAUAUUCAUAUCUCCCUCAAAGAGACUUCUUCAGAAAAUCAAAAAAUCUAAAAAGAAGGUUCAUUUUCCUGAAGACAAAGACCUGAAAGUGGUUCACCCCAUGAUACACUGGUCGUAUGCAUACAGAGCAGCUCGCAAAGGACAUUGGGAGAAUUAUGUGCGCGAUAGAGACCGCUUCAAGCGUAGAAUCCAGGAC